CUAAACCAAGACAUAAGAGUCGAUCAUGGAUCAUGCAAAACUUUUAUUUUUUCCCCCUCUGGGUCACCGAUCGGAGGGGAACAAAGCGCAGACAAGAAAACAGCUCUCUCUCUGACUCUUUCUUGGUUCAUUUAUCAAUGAUGGAGGACAAUUGGUUUUUGUUGCCAGUUGCUGAUGUUGAUGUUGACAAUGAUGAAGAGGGGGAUGAGGGAAUGGCCACCUCGAGGACUGAGCGCGCUGUACCAUGCCGGAGCAAUAACCCAUCCGUCGCUUUGCCUCGUCUCCCAGUUCAUGCAUCAAAAUCCGGUAUUGCAUUGGUCAUGGUCUCACGCCCGUUCCAAAGAAGCCAUUGUUGCGCCGCGGCAUGGGGUGGGGAGCCUCGGUUCAUUUUAUGCACACUCCAGCUCCUUCCAGUCCUUCUUCUCGCCAUCUCCUUCUCCUGCUGCACAGUCCUCGUCUCUAUCUUUGGAUAUCUCCCUGUCUAUCCCAACGCCUGUUGAACCUUUUGUGUUCGCGUCCACCGGCCUCGUGGCUCUCUAUCGCCAAUAAACAGCAUUUUCAAGGUAACAAACCAAUAAAACGAAAUGAAAAGCAGCCCAAAGCACACGACAGCCAUGCUAGUGAUAGUAUAUGGGGGAUGAGAGGAGGAACAUGGGUUUGGGCUAGUCUUGAGCUUGACCGAAAAAUAGAAAUGAGCUACAACCAAGAAGGACCAACGACAGCGAUGGGAAGUCGCAUGCUUUCAUGUACACUGCAGUCUAUUUUAAUGGCAUUCAUGCAGUACACUGGUCAGCAUGCCCUUCCAGGGACACGAGUCCUGUGUAGUCUAUACCAUGCAUAACCUAUAUGCCUAUGCC